AUGUUUUGUGUUAUUAGGGGUGUUAAUGAUUGCGGCGAUAAAAGUGAUGAACAAGAUUGCGCAAACCACGUGAAACUUGAUCAAUGCACUUUGGAUAACAAAAAAUUCUUGUGUAGCAACAAUAAAACUUGCAUAGAUAUUCACUCGGUAUGUGAUAAUAAGUUAGAUUGUCCCGAUUAUUCUGAUGAAGGAAAACAGUGCAGUUCGUCUGCAAUAUCAUGUAACAAUAACAAAUGUUCUCAUACAUGUAUAUCACUUCCAACCGGUCCAAAAUGUUUGUGUCCGAAUGGUUACCAUACGCUUGAUGAUUCGAAUUGUUUGGAUAUUAAUGAAUGUACAACUUAUGGAUUUUGUGACCAAAAAUGUAGAAACCUUCCUGGAUCAUACCAAUGUUACUGUGAUGAUAAAUACACACUCCAAGCCGAUAAAAAAACAUGUAAAGCAACUGGCAAAAGUGCAAUAAUGGUCUUUAGUUCCAAGCAGGAAAUUCGAGCUUUAACCUUAGAUUCUUUGGAUUAUUUUACAGUGGCUAAAGAUUUACGACAAGUAGUCGGAAUAGCAUACGACGGAAAUCAUAUCUACUGGACAGACAUAUUUACUGGACAUGAAUCUAUAUCGAGGUCUCUUGAAGAUGGAUCGAAUAGGGAGGUUUUGGUAACAUCUGGAUUAAGUCUACCAGAGGAUCUAGCAUAUGAUUGGUUAACUGGUAAUAUUUAUUUCACCGAUGCUCUCAAACAACAUAUUGGAGUGUGUUCCAAUAAUGGUCACCAUUGUACAGUACUAGUCAAUAAAGAUAUUCGAAAACCACGUGGGAUUGUUGUAAAUGUGGAAGCUGGAGAUAUGUAUUGGUCUGAUUGGGGUGUACCAGCAGCAAUUGGAUAUUCACUUAUGGAUGGUUCCCGGGACAGACCGUUUGUCACCAAUAAUAUACACUGGCCCAAUGGUUUGGCUCUAGAUCAACCUAACUCUCGGCUUUAUUGGACUGACGCUAAAAAGAUGACACUAGAAAGUAUUAAUUUAGACGGAACUGAUCAAAGGAUCGUUUUGGAAGGAAUAGUGAAACAUCCAUAUGCCAUCGCUGUGUUUGAAAACAAACUUUAUUGGUCAGAUUGGGACUCUCAUACCAUUCAAACUUGUGAUAAGUUUAAUGGUAAAAAUCAUCGUACACUCGUGGAAGAACAUAAAAAUUUAAUCUAUGGAAUCAGUAUUUUUCACUAUGCUCUCAAAAAGCGUCUAGUGAAUCCUUGUGAGCACGCUUCCUGUAGUGACAUUUGUUUAUUGAAGGCUCAAUCAUAUGCUUGUGCGUGCCCAGAGAAUAAAGUUUUGGAUACGGAUGGUCAUACGUGCAAAGAAGUACAACCAACGCAAGAACUUGUAGGAGGAACUGGACACGUGUUGGUAUCAAUUAAACAUCAAUUUCUAGGCAAACACGAUGUAACAUUCCUACCAGACCUGGUGAAACACGUAGGAAGCUUAGCAUUUGAUAGCUAUAAAAACAUUUUGUAUGUAAGCGAUUUGGAAACAAAAUGUAUAGUUGCGCUUAACAUGAACGUCGGAGUUAGCAAAACUCUUGAGAUCGACGGUCUUGGCAGAGUUACUUCAAUGGAUUUUGAUCCAAAAAGUAAUAAUUUAUACAUUUGCGAUACGGAGAGGCUAGUCGUAGAAAUAAUUGAUAUGAAUAAUCUAGAAAGAAAAAUAAUUGUCCAUGACACAUUUGGAGAAAGUCCUGAAAGCAUUGCGUUGGUACCGGAAGAUGGGAUCAUGUUUGUUAGCUUUAAACAAGGGAAAUUGGGAAAUAGCCACAUCGACCGUUUUUUCAUGGAUGGUACUGGAAGAACUCACGUCAUCGAAAACAAUUUAGUGGGCCCAGUUCGUGUAGUAUACGACCACAGUCUUUAUAGAAUUUUCUUUGCCGAUCUAAGUACUGGGGUAAUAGAAUCUACUAACUCGGCCGGUGACGAUAGACAUCAUAUUCGUACUCUGACUACCCAUCCAGUAAGUAUAGCGGUUUUGAAAGAUGAUCUAUUGUGGACAAAUCUUGACUCCAAGGAUUUAAAUUGGUCUGAAAAAAGAUCUAGCGAGUCUCAUCAGAAAAAAAUUACGCUAGGUUUUAAAGAGGAUAACGUCAACAUCCACUUAGUGUCAGUAACACGUAAACAAUUAGAAAUCAAUAGCUGUCGUGUUAAUAAUAAUGGAUGUAGUCAUCUUUGUCUUCAAUCCCAUAAAUCGAUAAUUUGUGCAUGUCCAGCUGGAUGGGAGCUAUCGGCAAAUGGUUUUACAUGUAAUAAAAGGUUAACCUGCGACAAUAAAAAGAUGCUUUGUCCUCAUUCCAAUACUUGCGUUUUGAAGAACUUAAGGUGCAAUGGUUUUAAAGACUGCGCAUUUGGUGAAGAUGAAUGGGAUUGCCAAACUGUUUCCCAAUGUUUACCUGGCCAGUAUAAAUGCGACGAUGGACAGUGCAUCAGCGAAGAUUUGGUCUGCAAUCAUAGUUAUGACUGUAAAGAUAAGUCGGAUGAGUAUGGAUGUGCAGAUAAAAACAAAAAACUAGGAUGUCCUCCCAGACAUUUUACCUGUAAGAGCUCCGAAUGCAUUUCUGAACGAUUUGUAUGUGAUAAUUUCCAUGAUUGCGAUGAUGGAUCAGAUGAAUUAAACUGCGAAAAUAAUAUUUGUUUGGAAUCUCAGUUUAGGUGUGAUGUCGGAACUUGCAUACCAAAAGAUUGGGAAUGUGAUGGAGAAUAUGACUGUACUGAUAGUUCAGAUGAGCAUUGUUCUUCAGAAGUUUGUCAAUCCAACUAUUUCAAGUGUGACAACAACAGAUGUAUCGAUCCUAAGCUUCAGUGUGAUGGGUUUGAUGACUGCGGUGAUCACUCUGAUGAAAAAUUCGAGAAAUGUUUGCAUCACUUGAGAGCACCAAAAUGUACAUUUGAAGAAUUCGCAUGUUCCACUAAUACUUCCAUUUGCUUUCCAAAAUCAGCCAAAUGUAACGGAACAUCAGAAUGCCCGAAUAAGGAAGACGAAAAGGAUUGUUCAAAAUGCGAAGAAGACGAAUUUGAGUGCAAGAAUAAGCAUUACAGAGAAUGUAUUCCUAGAUCCUGGAUGUGUGAUGGUACAGAUGAUUGCGGUGAUAAUAGUGAUGAGAGUAUGGAAACAUGUUCUUCAAGACUUAAAACUGUGGUAAAUACCACUGGUGUUGCUGAUUCGUGUCUAACGGGAUAUAGAUGUCAUAGCGGUGCAUGCAUAAAUAUGACCUCAGUAUGCAAUAACAAACAUGAUUGUUUUGAUGGCUCUGAUGAAGAUGGACUCUGUUCUUCAUCUUGUAUCGGUGUAAAAAAUUCUUGCAAUCAAAUAUGCGUAAAAACACCAUCUGGACCAAGAUGUGAAUGUAAACCUGGAUAUAAGUUGUUAGGAGAUGGAAAAACUUGUAUUGAUGAUAAUGAAUGCCAAACGGAUCCACCAAUCUGUAGUCAGUUAUGUCACAAUAAAGAAGGAGGCUAUUCUUGCGAUUGUUACAAUAAUUUCCUUUUAAGUUCUAAUAAAAAAUCUUGUAAGGCUCACGGACCACGAAUGACCAUAUACUUAGUGAUUUACGGAAACCAAAUCCGUCACCUAAUUCCUAAAUCAAACACAAUGGCUGUUCUUUACACCAAUCCAAUGCUAAAAAUCUCCAGCUUGGAUACUCUGGUUAAACCAGGACUAAUAUUCUUCAGUUCUUAUGAAACUCAAGCUAUUUAUAAACUUGAUACCAACACAAACAUGAUGCACUACAUCAGAAACGUAGGUUUCCCUAGAAAAAUCGCAGUUGAUUGGUCCACUCAAAACAUUUAUUACUUCGACACUGAUAUUAAUGGCCGGUCUAUUAGUAUUUGCAGUUUUGAAGAAAAGUGUGCUAAGUUGAUAAAUAUUGAAUCGUCUCGAGAUGUAACUGCCUUAGCUGUUGAUUCCGUCAAUAAAUUACUGUUCUACGUGUUGAGGAAUUCUUGGGUAUUAGAAACACCAAGCUUCGUAAUAUAUAGUGUAAAUUUGGACGGAUCUAAUAGACAAGAAAUAGUAAAAACAACAACAGGUAAUGUUGAAGAUAUAACUUUCGAUAUUAACAAGAAACUUUUAUACUACACUAAUAAACAAGAUGGAAGUAUAUAUGAAGUAAGUUACAAAGCCGAAUCAGUUAAACCUGUAUUUUCAAACAUCUCUCAACCAGAAGGUCUUAAAUUUUUCGAAAACCAAUUAUACUAUACUGCUGCCACUGGUUAUAUAGUCAGUUGUAAGCUAUAUGGAGACAAAUCCUGCAGUCCCAGAUACAAAUUACACACUUUUGCCAGUGGUCAAUUUGUCAUUGAACAGGAAUCGCUUCAGCUUAAAAUAAAAAAUGUUUGUACUAGACACAAAUGUCCAUACUUAUGUGUACCAGCAGAAACAGGUUAUAGAUGUCUGUGCCACGACGGAAAAGUUAGUAAUCAUUCAGAAAUAUGUGGUGAAAAUGAUGGCAAUCAGUCAGGAAAUAAUAACAAGUUUGCUGUACACACUACUCCAAUACAGACGGCAUCCGAUAAAUACUCCGGAGCAGUGGUAUCAGCAAUAUUAGUUCCACUACUAUUAGUUUUCUUUGGAGCAGUAUUUUAUUAUUUGCUAAAAAAGAAGCGUCAUACUUCCUUAAAUAUACGCAUGCGAUUUCAAAACCUACUCUACGAAAAACCUGUCGAAGACCAGUACACCACGAGUACACAAAUCCUAUAAUUGUGAUCGAAAUAGGAAGUUAUGAGGACUAUGCGAAAGAUGGUAGCAGAAUUUUAAACGUCAGUUGUGUUUGUUAAGUUUGCAUAUUUUUGUUGCGUCAUUCUUUGUAAUGUUUAAUUUAAUCUAAAGUGGCCCACAAAUUGCGUUAUUGUUCGACAGUUUUGUUCGAACAAAACUGUCGUUCUUGCUCGCUUGCAAAAAUGACGCAAUAAUUAUUUUGUUCGAACAGACUUUCUCGACAGACUUUUGUUCGAACAAAACUGUCGAGAAAUAACGCAAUUUAUCGGACGCUAUUAACGUUAUUUUAAUCUUUUGAAGUGUAUUUAAAUCAAAAGAGCUCUUACACUUCACAAAUACACAUAGUUUCAAAAGUUAUGCAUCACCCCUCGUAUUCACGAUAUUUACGCUUUUAUAAAUCCGUAUCUUUAUCACAUAUUUAUUGAGCCUUUUUUAUAAAAAUAUACCUUUUUUGGUUUUUUAUUAUAUUUGAAUACCUAUUUAAUUGACCUGGUUUUGCCAAGGUGUAAACAUUUGAAAAAUUUAUUCUGGUGAAAUUUUUGAAAACGUGAUUAAAAAUGAAUGGUACAUUAAUUUAUGAGUUGGACCGUAUAAGAAUUAUCGAUUUAGUUGAGAAGAAGGCCAUUCACAGCGGUUCGUGGAGAAAAGAGUGGGUAUUUCUCAGAGUGAUGUCUCACGGAUAUGGAAUAGGUUGCUGGAGACAAACUCGAUACGGAAUAGAGUAGGUCUGGUAGACCCCGAGUUACCAAUGAUCAACAGAAUAGAUAUAUCAGAAUUUCCAACCGUAGAAAUUCUUCUAUGUCUGUACCAGCCCUCCAAAGAGAAUUCAGGCAUGCUACAGGAGUCAGAGUAUCGUUGUCUACAAUAAGAAGAAGAAUUUUAGACUCAGGUUUGAGGAGACGCCGACCAAUAAGAGUUCCUCAGCUACAAUCUAGAUAUAUUUUGGACCGCCUUCAGUGGACUCAAGAACACAUACAGCUCCCCGAACAGUUUUGGAAUUUUGUGCUUUUUUCAGACGAAACCAGAAUCUAUUUAAAUAGUGAUAACCGGCGAAUUCGUGUGUGACUAGUUGUGCAGUUCUUGUUGGCUCUCGCCACACACGAAUUCGCCGGGUAUCACUAUUUAAAUAGAUUCUGGUUUCGUCUGAAAAAGCACAAAAUUCCAAAACUGUUCGGGGAGCUGUAUGUGUUCUUGAGUCCACUGAAGGCGGUCCAAAAUAUAUCUAGAUUGUAGCUGAGGAACUCUUAUUGGUCGGCGUCUCCUCAAACCUGAGUCUAAAAUUCUUCUUCUUAUUGUAGACAGCGAUACUCUGACUCCUGUAGUAUGCCUGAAUUCUCUUUGGAGGGCUGGUACAGACAUAGAAGAAUUUCUACGGUUGGAACGUUUUCAAAAAAUUUCACCAGAAUAAAUUUUUCAAAUGUUUACACCUUGGCAAAACCAGGUCAAUUAAAUGGGUAAUCAAAUAAAAAAAAACAAAAAUGGUAUAUGUUUUAUAUAAAAAGGCCCAUUAAAUAUGUGAUAAAGAUACGGAUUUAUAAAAGCGUAAACAUCGUGAAUACGAGAGGUGAUGCAUAACUUUUGAAACUAUGUGUAUUAAAUUCACAAUUCAUGAUAAUAAUUACAUUGUCGAACACAUUAAAAUCAAAAUGGAUACGAAUUAAUGUUGAUCCCUAUAUCGAAAAAAAAAAAAAGAGUUUAAACAUAAUAUUCAUAAAUAAAUAUAUAGAUAAAAUUGUAAUGCUGUAAAAAAUAUCCUCUGUAUUGUUACUAAAGUUGUCUACCAACAGGUGCAUUUGUCAACAUGAAAUUACAUUAUUAUAGAAUAGGUUAAACGCAUAGUUAUUUAGGUACAUUUUAAUAAAAUUUUAUGAACUUUAAAAUGUAUUUUGUUGUCUAAAUAAAAAGAAAAUAAAUAAA